CUAUGGAUCUGAUAAGAGCAACUCGUGUAUUGUAAAUUAUUAUGAAGUGCCUCGGCCCGAUAUCUUUAAUAUUGUGCGCGUUUAUUAGUGUUAACAAUGUGGAGUCUUUGAAUAUUUUAGGAAUAUUUCCAUAUCCUGGUAAAAGUCACUUCUUUGUGUUCGAGAAAUAUCUCCGCGAAUUAGCGGCGAGAGGGCACAAUGUUACGGUCGUAUCACAUUUCCCAUUGAACAAACCUAUAAAAAACUAUUAUGACAUCAGUCUGACAGGCAAAACUAAAAUUUUAGAAAGUGUUUUUCCGAUUGAACGUGGUUAUUGGACUAUUAUUCAAUCUAGCUGGUUUCUUGUUACUUCAGGUAGAGACAGUUGCUCUGUAUUACUAUCGGAUAAAAAUGUGCAAAAUAUUUGGAAGGACAAUUCGCAUUUUGACGUCAUGGUUACAGAACAAUUUAAUAGUGACUGUUCUCUUGGACUCGCCUACAAACUCGGACUACCUGUAGUUGGAAUCAAUAGUCAUGUGAUCAUGCCAUGGCAUUACAGCAGGUUUGGUAUUCCAUACAAUCCCUCUUUUGUAACGUUCCAUUUCCUAGAAGGUGGCACAAAACCUACAUUUUACCAAAGAUUUGAGAGAACAAUAUUCAACGCAUAUUUCAACUUAAUCUACAAGUACUUCUGUCAAGCCUAUGAUCAAAAUACUCUAGCGAAAUACUUCGAUGAUAUUCCGCCGCUAGAAGAUUUAGCUCGAGAAAUAAAAUUCUUAUUACAAUAUACUAGCUUUACAUUAACUGGAUCAACGUUGCUGCCUGCCAACGUUAUAGAAGUAAACGGAUAUCAUGUGGAGGAGCCGAAACCAUUACCUAAAGAUAUACUGAAGUUCAUAGAAGAAUCUGAACACGGCGUAAUCUACAUCAGUUUUGGAUCCAUGGUGAAAGCAGCUACGACUUCUAAAAACAUAAUUGAAGAAAUCGUCGCUGCAGUGUCUAAAUUACCUCAAAGAGUCUUAUGGAAAUGGGAGGGAACUUUGCCUGGCAACCCAAAAAAUAUUCAUUUGUCAAAAUGGUUCCCGCAGAACGAUAUAUUAGCACACCCAAAGGUACUGGCGUUUUAUUCACACUGUGGACUACUCGGAACUACAGAAGCCAUUCAUCAUGGAGUACCUGUUAUUGGCAUGCCCAUUUUUGGAGACCAACCGGCUAACGCAAAAUUUAUAGAAGAAAGUGGACUCGGAGUACAAAUACAAGUGGCUGAUUUGAACAGAGAAAAUCUCUUGAAAAAGUUCAAGACCAUUCUUGAUCCAGAAUUUAGGAGCAAGGUGAAAUCUCUUUCGAAAGCAUGGCGUGAUCGACCGGUGUCAGCGAUGGAUAGCGCUGUCUUCUGGACAGAAUUUGCUGCACGAUACAGGAACUUUACAUUUACGAGCCCGGCAGCUACAGUACCUGCCUACCAAUAUUACGCAUUAGAUAUACUGUCUUUAUUCUUUGUUAUUAUCCUAACAUUUAUUCUUAUUACUAUAAAAAUAUUGAAAUCACUUCUAUCUCCUAAGAAAAUCCUUAAAAAUAAAAAGAAGAAGCAAUAAGUAUGGUAAUUUUAGGCAAUAUAAUAAUAUCUAUUUUCUAUGCAAUUUGUUCAAAAAUGCAAAACGAGUGUAAAUUUACGAUUUUAUCUACGACCCAGAAAAAAUAUUUAACAAAUUAGGUACCGGAAUUAAUAAAGUACCCCAUACAGAGCUUGUUGAUGGAAAUUGUGUAAAUAUUAUUGUAAUUUAUGUGACCAAUUGAUUGUAUGAUUGGUUUUGAUUGAAUAUAUAAUAAAUUUAUAAUAAUACAUAA